AAUGUUCAGUAUUAGCAACGGAUCAUCAGAUUGGAUGCCUGUGCUAUUACUGCGGCUGGCGUGAAAAAGACUUUACGAGGGGAUUUAUUGGGUCUUUGCCCGUCGGAAACCGAAAUUAUUAGAUAUUCACGUACAGCUUCAGUCAGAUAAGGAGGCGGAAAAUGGCUGGCGGCAAGGCAGGAAAAGACAGCGGCAAAGCUAAGGCCAAGGCGGUGUCUCGCUCCCAGAGGGCCGGCCUUCAGUUCCCAGUGGGCCGCAUCCACCGGCACUUGAAGACCCGCACGACCAGCCACGGUCGCGUCGGAGCCACAGCAGCUGUGUACAGCGCCGCCAUACUGGAGUACCUCACUGCUGAAGUGCUCGAGUUGGCCGGCAACGCAUCCAAAGACUUGAAGGUGAAGCGUAUCACUCCUCGUCACUUGCAGCUGGCCAUCCGUGGCGACGAAGAGUUGGACUCGCUUAUCAAGGCCACGAUUGCUGGAGGAGGUGUCAUCCCCCACAUCCACAAGUCCCUGAUUGGGAAGAAGGGCCAACAGAAGACUGUUUAGAUGCUACCUUGACCUCCAUCAUCUGGGCUUGUGCUUUGAUCAGACAAGAGGGUCACCUUUGUUUGUUUGUUUUUUUUUGUAUAAUUAUUUUUAUGAUGGCAAACCAAGAUUGUUACUUUGUGUUGUUUCCCCACUUAAAAAACACUUAAUGACUGUUUGUGUGUCUUGUUGGAAUGCUUGACUUGUGUUGAGAGUGGCGACAGUGAAUUUGUUUGAUUGGCUUAUGUUUUAUACUCAAAAGAAAACUUGUUAAAAGCAUUUUACAUAUAUAUAUAUAUAUCUAUGAAAUUUGUUUUGUGUUUAUUGAUGCUAUUUACGAUAGUGCACAAUAUUUUUGAACAGCUAAAUGUGCGACGGUGCUUUUCACCUCUUGUUGUGUUUUGAACUGCACAAUGUUAGAAGUAUUACCUUUUUUUGUAAUGACAUUGAUCUGAAAAAUUGUGAGAUGCAUCUGCACUUGUAUGUGGAGCGCAGAAGUAUUUAAAAACUUGAACAUUUGGUGGCACGGAACCCUGCAUGUUUGGCCUCAAUGUGCUCGUGUCCGUGACAUAUCGCUACGUUUUCUGAAAAUCUCAGCAGGGCUUAACACUCAAACGUUGUGUGUGUCUGUGAGUGUGUGGGAAACUUGAAUCUAACUCCAUGACAUUCUGCUAAUGAACAUCGGAACAAUUUCUUCUUUUAAAAAAAUAUGUGUUCAAAACACUAUUUUGUCUGAAUAAAAACCCUUUUUAUGCCAUCACUGACUAACG